AUGAAUUGGACUUCCGACCGUGGCAAUGAUCUGGAAUCGUUUCUGCUGGAAGAGGUUCCAGCCACGAAAGUCGAAGCUUCCGCGGAUGCGGAGGAUGAGUUUGGUGAUAUCGAUUGGUGUGACAUUGGCGAUGCCUUGAACGAAGAUUUUGAUGCCCCGGUUGUGGAUUCGAAUUCUGCUUCAGCAUCCGCAUCCGAGCCAACCCCUGAAGGGGCACAGAAAUCCCAGGUGCAGCCGGUGCAGCCACAGAAAGAGGAGGCGAAUGCAAAGCCCUCGACAAGCGGUAAGGAACAGAAUGCCAAAGUAAGGAAGCAAUGGAAAGCCUUACGUGAGCAAGCAGUAGCACGCUACCGGAUUCUGGUUUUAUCCUUCAUUGCUCGCCUGAGUUGGUUGAACCAGAUGUGUAACCGAGAGCUAUUACAAGCUGCAGUGCUUUCAUUGGCACCUCAUAUCCUGGAUGAAGGUGUCAAGCUGAGUUUCCGGAAGAUCAAGGCCCAGUUCGCCUCGAAGCCUUCGAUCGAAGCAGUCCCCAGUCUCCUGCGCCUCUUCGAUGCUCUCCGCGGGGGCGGAAGCAGCAUGGACCUACUGCUGUUGCUGGUGGCGCGCUGCCGUUCCCAGCAACCGGCGCGCUUGGUGCUGUCCCUCCCCCUGCCAGGCGCCAAGAAAUGUGGCGACCUGCUGAGGGGUGAAGCACUGCCGGAGCCAUCGCUUUGGGUCGAAAUCUUCGAUUUCAGGGUAGAGCGCUGGAGAGCAUUGGGAGUACCUGCUGGUCAUUCCAGCCAUUGGAUUCUGGCCAUGGGAGCUGAAGGGGACCUAUGGGAUGUCACUGGUCGCUAUGGCAGGUGGAGUGGGAUCCUUGAUGCCCGGGGAUCCUUGGUGAAGGUUUGGAAUGAACUGCUGGAUGGGCGACAGGUGAACUCCAAGGCCAAUGAGUUGGAUCGAAAAUGGCUCCAGCAGUUGGCAGAACAGGAACCGCUGCCGACAUCGCGGUCGCAGUUCAAAUUCCACCGACUUUUCGUUUUGGAUUCUCAGGUGCGUCAGGAUCAAGUGCUGGAUCCCAGCACGAAACCGGUGGGUCUCUUCCAGGGCAAGGAGGCCAUCUGGCGCCGCGCGGACGUGAAGGACCUCUGCACGGCCUCGCGUUGGCGUCAGCAGGGCCGCUUGGUGCGACAGGAGGAACGACCGGUGAAGGUUCUGAGACGAGAUUCGAUGUAUUGCUCCAAAUUGUUUGGAAGGUGGCAGACAGAGGAACUGCCGGAAGUGAAGCUGGUGACGGUUGGAGGUCCCAUACCAGGUGUGAACAACUACGGCAACAUCGAGGUGACCUCCGGUAUACCCCAAGGCUGCGUCCACGUGGAUGACGAGGCGGCACGUGUGGCGGCGCUGAAACUGGGCCUGGAGUUUGCGCCUGCAGUGACCAGUUUCAGGAAGGAAAGGGGACAGCUGAAACCUGUCUACUCCGGCUGCGUCAUUUGGGCGCGGGACGAAGCCGAGUUGCGUGCAGCGGCGGAGGAGGAACGGCAGCGCCUGGAGGAAGUGAUGCGAAGCAAGCGCCGCGAACGUUUGAAAAACGCCUGGCAAUUGCUGGUGAAGAACGUCUUGCUGGAUAUCUAUGCAUGCCGUUGGCGCCCAGCGGUUCGGUUCCGGAACCACAAGUUUCUUGUGGUCUUGAACAAGGUGGACAAAUUGGACAACAGUAUCGACUUCGCGCGGGCCUAUGGCGCCUUGGGUUGGGCCUUGUCCAAGGUCAUCAAGCGGAAGGACAUUCCACCCAUCUACACCAUGUUCAACGAGGGCAUGGAAGCUCCAGCAGGACACGAGAGCCUCCCAUUGGAGAAGUUCGUGAAGAAGCGUGCUGAGGUCAUCAAGGAAGUGCUGCGGGUGCGCGAGCGUCACAAUGACAAUGUGAUCACCUCACUUGAGGAGACCCUACGGCAGAUGCAGAUGACGGCGCGCAUCGUCGAUUGGGUCCGCUGGAGUGCCCGUCGGAGCUAUUGGAAGGUGCUGGUGUCCGUGAUCCUAAGUCUGGGCACACCUGCAUAUAUGUUGCAUAGGCUCAUGCAGCUGGCCGCUGACAACAUGAAUCGAAAAGCCGCUGAGUCAGCGGCACAGGCGGCAGCUGCGGCCUUGGCAGCAGAGAGCAAGCACCGGUGGCGUUUCUUUCGUCGUCAUGUAGAGCCGGAGCCAAUCCUUAGCGAAGGCGAGAGUCCGCCUUUUGGCUUCUGGGUUUAUUUCACGGUGAUUGCUUUGUACUUCCUGUUUUGCAGCGGAGUGCUGAAAUUCUUCUGGGACUACUACACACAGUCACAGAAAGAAUUGUAUUUGACCGUGGAUAGCUCCUUCGAAGAAGUCUACCAUGAAAAGUUCAUCCAUGACGAAGCAGAGGACUUGCGAUACCGCUGGACGGUGGUCCGGCCCAAGGUACUGAAUAUCCUGCAGGCAACAACCUUCUACCCAUGGUUGCCAUCCGUGGCGGCGUGGGAGCAUCGCAGGAUCAAUGAGGCCUUACAAAAGGACGUGUUUUAUCUUCGUCAGUUGGCUCGACAGCUGCGUCAGCCAGCGCCCAGUGCAGAAGGGACGCACUGA